GAUCCAUAUAGGCUUCCCAGAAUACUUCUCAACGUCUCAACACCUCAUCUUCGUAACCAUAAUCCGCGCACACCGCCAAAUAUGACGGCCACUCCUCCGGGCAGAAUAGCCCUUCCGCCCAAACCAACAAUUACUGACAUCCUCGGCGGGUCUUCGGCUCUCGCGUCCGACACACCAUCUCCUCAAGCACAUCAAAGCUUCAACUCUCCACACUCUUCCGCCGUCAAUGGGCAUUCAAGAGGGACUAUUCCGCGCUCCAAAGCUCGUACAAAGUCGGCUCGACUUAGUUUUUCUAGUUAUGGUAGAGGCAGAGCAGCCAGUUCUCGAGGUCCAGCGGGCGGAAUCGUCGACGAUCUGCUAGAUGAUGAGGAUUUCGGACCAAAGUUGCCCACUUUGGUGCCCGGGAUCCGAGCGGCUUAUGCCACUCCUCUCCCUGCACUUCCUAUGAUUGUAAUGUGUAUAGCAAUGCUGUCAGAGCUAUUAGCGGCGAACUUGUGCACUCCAUUCAUCCUCAAGCAGGUCGAAGGUUUCUUCCUUAACUCCGGUCGAGAAAAGAAUAGUGAGACGGAAGCCGCAGUUGGUCUUUGGACAGGCAAUCUUGUCUCUGUCUUCUUCAUCACACAAUUUUUCACCUCUCUCCUUUGGAGUAGCAUAGCAGAUCGUCAUGGUCGUCGUGCUGUGUUAGUAGCCAGUCUUGCCGGAAGCGCUAUUGCUCUUGUAAUUUUUGGUACUUCUGAAUCUCUUCCCGAGGCUAUCUGUGUCAGACUGAUUCAAGGCAUUUUCGGAGGUGCUGUCGGAGUAUUCCGAGGUUCGAUCCGAGACUUGACUGACGACACUAACGCCGCUCGUGCUUAUGCUAUGCUCGGUUUCUCAUGGGGUUUCGGUGGUGUCAUUGGUCCUAUCAUUGGCGGUGUCUUUGAAAGCCCAAAGGAGAACUUCCCCGGUACUGCUUUGGCUCAAAUUCCCCUAUUCCAAAAUUUCCCAUAUAUCCUUCCGACUAUCAUUGGCGGUGGCGUUCUUGCUGUCGGCGCCAUCCUCUCUUGUCUUCUUUCUUGGGAUGGAGGUGUUCGAGGCGGCAGGCGUAUCACCCUCGCAGUCGAAAAGAACGAACCCCUUGCCGGUAUUUCUCCUGCUGCUGGUCGUCACGCUUCCCCUGCGCCUUCCAGCCGAACCGCAAUCAGGGUCCCAUCAGUCAGUUUGAGGCGAGUCUUGUCACCCAGCCAAGAAGAAGAGGAUGCCGCUCACGGUGCUGGAUAUCCGGAACUCUCUCGUAGUGCGGGCGGCCGAAGGGAUAGUCGAGCGAGCUUAGGCACGGCUUAUGGAUACGGAGGUAUUCGUUCCAAGCACCCUACUUUGGCAGCUAGAGCAGCAUUGGAGGCUGCUAGGAGGGCUUCAGCUGCAGUAGGCAGACCUGACGAGAGUGAUGAAGAGGACGGCGAGAUGGGUAACAGGGCUCUGAAGGUUGCACAGAGGCUGUUGCUCGCGAAUGAGGAGAACACAUUUAACAUCAAUGACCUUUGGGUGUCUGCCGCGGUCGCCCAAGACACUGCUGUCUUUGAUGAUGAGGAGGAGACAGAGGAUGACCAAGAAGAGGAGGUUAACGAAGCCGUACCCGACACUUCUUUUGCCUCCCCUUCAUUACAUGCACUUUCACCGUCAACCUACGAUGGCCAUCAAGGUGACCUCUCCUUCCGACGGUCUAGCAGAGCACGCCUCACAAGUGUGGGCAAUAUUUCUCUUCAUCGUAACCUUCCCGGCCACCGAUUAUCCGUAUCACAUGGCGGCAGGCGAUUCAGCACCACUUCAGGACACAUGCCUGCCAUCUUCUCCAACACUGGUGUCAAGACUCCGCCAGCUGUAGCAGCCGCAUAUGAAGCAGAAUCGCCCAGACACGAAGCUGACUCAUUCUUCCGCGCAGCAUCACCUAGUCCCGACCAUGGCAGGGGAUCCACCGGUGGCUUAAGCGCUAUCGCUGAAGGGCCUGGAAAUGCUGUGGACUCUGCGACUGCCGGCGUUGCCGCUCAGAUCUCUGAGAAAGAGGCCUCUUCGUUCUCACUUUUGCCUGUUCAAGUAAUCAUCCAGUAUGGUCUCCUUGCUUUGCACAACACUAUCCAUGAUCAAAUAUUCUUGUCAUUCUUGGUAACUCCCUACCGCUCUGGUGGUCUUGGGCUUAACCCGGCCCAUUUCUCCCUGGUAGUCGCUCUCAUGUGUCUCUGCCAGCUCGUGUAUCAAUUCUAUAUUUACCCUCGACUUGGACCCCCUCUCGGUCGUUUCACACAUCUUCAAAUGUUCAGGAUUGGAUGUGCCCUCUACCUUCCUGCCUACUUCUCUCUGCCAAUCUUACACAAAAUUGCUUCUCCUGACUCUGAAGGCAGUUUCUUUUUGAUGUUCUGCUUGGUUACUAUCACUGCUGUGAGGUACUGUGCAGGUACAUUCUCGUAUACCUCCGUCAUGGUACUUAUUAAUGCCAUGUCUCCUCCCCACGUUGUUGGCCUUGCCAAUGGACUCGCCCAAAGCACCGUAUCAUUCUCGCGUUUCUUUGGCCCUGUAAUCGGUGGUGCUGUUUGGAGCGCCAGCAUCAAUGGUAAUCCAAGCGGUUAUCCUUAUGGCUUUUACUUCUGCACUGUAGCAUGCUUUAUUCAGUGGUCAUUGUCAUUUUUUAUCCGUUAAUCAGCCAUACCCGGUGCUUGAGGAAAAGGUAGUUUAUAUUAUGGGCGCCAAGCGCGUAGAUCGUAUAGUCGGGGGACCUUAAUUGGUGAACGACAAGAAUUUGUGAAUCAUGGCAGACAUCAUUAAUCACUUUUAUGACCUUUUUUUUUGACAGUAACGAAUAUAUGUGGACUCUGCUCGCUAGAAUGCGAUGGCGAGCAUAUGUAGCACACUGAUUUUUCUGAUGAUUUGAAUCCGACGACCAAAAUAUAUACCCAUAUACAUGUACAUGUACAAUGAC